AACUGGUCGAGUUAAACUGGUCAACGUUAGUAAGGUAGUAUGCUAAAAUGUAGACAGCAGGCAAGCGCCCUCAUCGUGUUGACCAAUGAAAUCAAUUCUGAGGGCGACAGCGUAUUCGUCCCCACUGCGAGGCGUGGUUACCGCUUAGCUCGGAGAGAGAAACGUGUUUCCCAGCGUUGUUACCGCUAAACCGUUGUUAAUACUAAUCGACGAAAUCACUAAACCGUUGUUAUUACUAAACCGACUGUGUCACACAGCAUAAGAAGGCAGCGACUCCGAUCUGUCGCCAUGGCUUAUCUCAUAGAACACUGCAAAAAUAUUAUCGUCUCUCUUAAAAGUAUGUUUUACACGACAAACCUGCGUACGCGUCGUCCAGCUCUUCUGAAGUUAUCCGCAUAGCUCCUCGGAUCAGUUCUCGUCACUUGGUCUAUAUCCCGUACUUUGUCUAUAUCGGAAGGCUUCCUGUCCCAUAGCUCUUCUUGUUGGCUGGUCGCAGAAUAAUCGGGAACCGUGUUCACUCUCAAAACAAGACCGGCUUGUUGAGAAAAAAAGGAGACUCCUUAAUCUUCGGUUUUGAGUUGACAGCCAUUUUGGAUUCCAUGAGUUGCCUGGACGUAUGAGGGAGAAGUGUGAGUGAAGAUGCAGGGAGCCAUAGCACGAGUGUGUAUGGUGGUGGUUGCCGCCAUCUUGAACAACCCCUUGCUUUUUCCUCGGGAAAACACCACCAUCCCAGAACAGGAUGACGAACUGAUAGCUCGCAUGCAGGAGCACGAGGAGAGGUUGAAAAUGGAGCAGGCCAAGCUGGAAGAAGAGCUCUCGCGGCUGAACUUGAAACAAGAUGAACGCAGCUCACAUGAAAGCAGCUCACAGCACAGUUAUGGCUGGUACUUCUGGUAUGCCGUCUCCCUAGUCAUCUUCUUGACUAUCGAAGUAUGCAGGGUAGAUCUUGCAUGUCAGGGAAUCGACAAUGAUAAUGUAUUUACUGAGAGUGGAUCCAUUAGCUCCAGGACGCUGAUGCUGGACAAAAGUGUCCUUAGCAACUUCUGUGAUAGAUGCAACUAUAUCUCAACCCAUGAAAGCUGGAGGGUGAGGGAGUUUGCGGAGGGCUUUGCCGAUGACCUGCUGGAAUCGCUGAGAAGUCUAUGCAACAGGGAGGUAGACAUGGAAGUGGGGGACUUUGUGGGUGUUGGAAGUAUGUUUGAGUCCUGGAAGGUGAGCAAGCCACUAACAUGUGACCUCAUUGUGCCUUUCUCUCCCCCUGAGCCAUACUCCUUUCAGUUCCAACUGUGGUGCAGUCCCUCCGGGGACAUUCCCCCUGGCAUGCAGGGCUGCGGCAAGAUCAGAGUGACCGGAUUUUGGGAGACGGGGGAGGGCUGUCUCUGUGGCUCAACUAACCUAGGAGAGGACAUGCUCUGUCUUCUGCACAACAAGAAUGAAAGGCCCAGAGUGGACUUCAACUCCAGUGAACUGUUGUGCUCCAAGAACACAUCCUAUUUGGCCAAAGAUCAAGUGAUGAAAUGGUUUCAGAUCUCUCUGACCAAAGCGUGGGGACGUAUCUCUCACAAGUAUGAAUUUGAACUCACCUUUCACAACCUGGAUGCCGCUGGUGCUCUGAAGGUCAGAUUCCGUUCAGGGAAAGUCAUCGUGAUGAACAUCAUCCCAGUUGUCCAGCUGGAAGAUACAGAUGCUUACUUUGUCUCACACUUCUCAUCAGAGAGCAACAUCUCCCCAGACCCGUAUUGGGCCCUGUCCUUUGCUGUUUAUGAGAGGAACUUGCUCAAACUUUUUGCUAAAAGCCUUCCAGAAAAUUCCUGUCACUUACACUGCCUUCAGAUUAUGACUUUCCUACACAGAAAGCAGACGGGGCUCACAGGAAAGAGCGCCCUGACCAACUAUCACUUUAAGACUGCUCUCUUGCACUUAUUAAUAAGUAAAAGUCCUUCUUGCUGGGGCAUUGAGAGUAUAGAGCACAGGCUUUGUGAUGUGCUUGACUUCCUUCAGAGGAGCCUACAGGAAAAGAGGCUCCAUCAUGUUCUUGUCGGGAACAGUCAAGUACCCGCAGACAUCCAGGUUCCUGAGAUAUUUCUUAAGUCAGAGCCGAUCAACCUUUUCCGGCCUCUGGUUUUGCAGAGAGAGCUUUACAGAGACACUGUUACACACUUCCAGGAGAUGCUCAGGAAUGCCUCCGUGCUUAUAAAGGAGUACACACCUCGUUUUCCAAAUGGAGAUGCCUUCCACAGACUUGGUCAAAGUUUUUGAAACAACUGCUUGUUUGGUAUGUUAAAGAUGGAAUACCUUUUGUACAAGUCAAGUUAUAGGGAGCUUUAAAUAGGUAGCAGUUCAUAUCAGUCACGUUAUCAUGCAUGUUAAUCUUGUUGCAGCUAUUUGCACAUAAUACUCAAGCACUGAAAUGUCAGUAUUAACAGAGCAUAGUUAUAUAUAGGUGUGGUUGAUGUUGGUUUUGCUGCAAUAUUAUGAGUAAUUUAGCAUCAACUUUGUGCAUUCCAGACAAUUGCUUUUCACUUCUACAUCAGAGGUUAUUUUACAGAUGGUUAACGCCUUUGUAUUUUGAUACAUUUACUGUAAUGUUUAGUAGGGCUGUGCAAUAUGACUAUAUAUAUCGGACCAAAAACUAUUUAUUCAUUGAAUUUACACAAAAUGUGCUAUAUCAUGAUACAUAUGUAUCGUUAUCAGGAUAUGAAAUGACCUAUAUCGGGAUAUGAGAUUUUGGUCAUAUUGCACAGCCCUUAUAUUUAGUGAGACGAUAUCAAGUAUGUACAGAAGACGAAAGUGCCAAAUUCUGUUUGUCACUUACCAAAUGUUUUUGAUAAAAAGAGCUAAUUUUGAGUAAAACUGUUCUAGAGCAAGUCAUGCUGCACUCUUUACCAACCAUACAAAAUGCUACCAAAUAUUUUUUGUAAAAAAAAAAAAAAAAAAACUUGUUAAAAACUGUAAAAUUAUUCUUGUAAAACUCAUGUCACACCUUUAAAAAACAACUUGGGGAGGUAUUCAGUAGACAUUUCUGUCAGCGGUAAGGUACUUGAAGGAUGAUUUUGUGAAUUCCUUUCACCAUGACCACCCUGAGCAUUGAUAUUGUACAUUAAUAGUUUGCAGUUGUUGUAGUUGGAGGAAUGUCCAAGACAUUUUACAGUGUUAAAAACACCUCAUACUGUGGUCAUCUUGACAGGAAAAUUUUGCCUUACAAUAUGAAAAUGUUUUACCUUUUUCCCCACUGUUGCUAAUAUAUUGAUGGCAGCUAUAAAGACUUUUUGAAAAAUUA